CUCACCCUUUUACCUGGCCAGUCAUCCGUAGUCGUCCGGUCAGUUGGACGUAAGAGUCAGUCAGUCAUUCAGCCGGGCAGUUGACGACCAGCGGACAUCUUGAUCGGUUUUUCAAAAUGUAGAAUACCACCUAAUAAUGGGGGGGACUAAAUUUUUUAUCGCUAUAUUCUGCCUCACCCUCGCCAAUGCCAUCGAAACUGCGAUCAACACCGAUCUCUACGUCGGCCCGAAAGAUGAUGUGGAGUUCAUCAACCCGGACGAAUCUGAUGCGAAACCAAGUGGCCCCGCAUCGGAGGCUGUCGACAUGAUUGGGGUCGAUGACAAUGAGGUGCCAUCGGAACUGGUGAUAACGACCCUGCAGAACAUGCCCUUUUCUGGAACUGAGAUGCGCAACGGAACUUUGGUGGGCACCGGGUACGCCUUCUACAUCUUCGAGCUGAUACGCAGCAAGAUGAAUUUCACCUACAAAAUCGUUUUACCUCCGCAAAGCAUUCUAGGGGAUAACAGCAGAGGGAUUAUCGGACAACUCGUGCGAAAGGAAGUCGAUAUGGCGGUCGCUUUUAUUCCAGUUUUACCGGAACUUCGUAAGAACAUUCAUUACAGCACUGCUCUAGCAGAGGUUGAAUGGACCAUCCUGAUGAAAAGACCUGGAGAAUCUGCUUCCGGCUCCGGCCUCUUUGCUCCGUUCGACACCAACGUUUGGAUCCUUAUCGUGGUAUCGGUAAUUGCGGUUGGGCCGAUAAUGUUCUUCCUCAUUUUCAUCAGGUCUUUUCUCUGCAAAGAAGGCGAGCCCCGAAAAUAUUCGUUGGAAACUUGCAUGUGGUUCGUUUAUGGCGCUCUUCUCAAGCAAGGAUCAACUCUGUCUCCAGUUACAGACUCGGCGAGAUUAUUAUUCGCGACAUGGUGGAUAUUUAUAACGAUACUGACGUCUUUUUACACGGCAAAUUUAACAGCCUUUUUAACCCUGUCGCAAUUCACCUUACCAAUAAAUUCAGCGAGCGAUCUGGCUAAUAAAAAUCAAAAAUGGAUCGCUACCAGAGGCGACGCUGUAGACCGCAUCGUAAAUCAGAAAGACAACGAAGAACUCUCCAUGCUUAGACGCUCCGUGGAAAGAGGAUAUGGAGAAUUUAUGAACUUUGCUAACGAAGACCCCAAGUUUGUUCUUGAAUAUAUUCAAUCAGACAGAAUGUACCUGCGCGAAAGACCCCUGGUUACGGAGCUCCUAUUUAACGACUACAUGAAUAAAACCCGAGCAGGAGUACCGGAGGCUAGUCGAUGCACCUUCGUCAUCAUGCCUGGAAAUAUCAUGACUAAGAGCCAAGCGUUCGCAUUCCGUCAUGACAGCACCUUCCACCGUAGCUUCGAUGUAAGUUUGCUGUCUUUGGUCGAGGCUGGUAUAAUAAAAUUCAUAACGUCGGAGCACCUUCCCGGUACGGAAAUUUGCCCUCUGAAUUUAGGAUCGAAAGAACGUCAGCUCAGAAAUACAGAUCUGACGAUGACUUACAAAGGAAUUGCUUUGGGCUUCACGGUUGCAGCAUUGGCUUUCAUAGGUGAGACGUUAUAUCGCCGAUGGCUGAAGCGAAAAAAGCCGGCCGACGAUCCGCAUCUGCCGGUCUAUAAAAUGGACGGGGGUAAGACUCUUCAGAGAAGUCCACCCCCGCGUUAUCAGAAUAUCAAUGCCCAAGAUUACUCUAAGAAGCAAUUCAUAAACGGUCGCGAUUACUACAUUGUUAGAGAAAAGGACGGCGAAAAAAGACUCGUCCCUAUACGAACUCCUUCUGCUUUUCUAUUCCAAUACACCGCGUAAUAAAGUUUGUCAUUAUAGAUUAUUCCCUGUAACGUUUUGUGUAUUUUCAAAUAAAAUGAGUUUUGGCAACAAA